GACAAGGUAUUUUCCCUUCUUUUUUUCUUCUUUUCUUUUUUCUUGGAGGCUAAAUAACACUGUAAAACUCAAAUCAACUUAACUCCCCUAAUCAUCUACCCAAAAUACCUACGUUAGACGUUAUUCGGAAGUCGACUUAUAAAGAUCCCGCAAAGAUGUCCAAACACCGUCUUGAAGAUGCCGAAGAUGUAGACGCUGUCAUUCUCCCGCGCAAGAAGUCCAAGAAGGAUAAAAAGGACAAGAAAGAUCGCAAAGAAAGGUUGCGAGAGGAUGAUGACACGACAGCAUCGACUCCGGUAGAUUCUUCCGUGGAGAACACUGUUAUAGAAGUCGACGGCGAAUUGAAGGCGAAGAAGAGAAAGGACAAGAAAGAAAAGAAAGAAAAGAAGGAGAAGAAGGAGAAGAAACAGAAAACUCAAGAUGAAGAGGCGAACGAGCAAGAACCCACAAAGGCCAACGACGCAGAAUUAGAUCGCAAGCCAAAGAAGGAGAAGAACAGGAAAGACAAGAAGAAGGAUAAAGUAGAAGAGCCGAAGGUUAAUGGUUCCUCCAAGAGCGAAACCAGUGGAACUGUUAACACCUCAACUAUCCCCAAUGCGUCGCCACAAGCAUACGAACAAACCAGCGCCCUCUCUGCCGUGCCUGAGUCUGAAGUCGCAUCGUUCUUAACUACGCAUCAGAUCACGAUCACCGAUCCCCUUUCCACCUCAACUUUCCGCCCUGUCAUGGAAUUCGCCCACCUACCAUCCUCGCCCUUGAUCGCUAAGAACCCCUUCGCUUCCUUCAAGGCCCCGACACCGAUCCAAGCGGCGUCCUGGCCCUUCGGGCUCUCGGGUCGAGAUAUAGUUGGUGUAGCUGAGACGGGCUCGGGAAAAACCAUUGCCUUCGGUCUACCUCUUAUAUCUGCCGUUCUCGGAACGCCCAAGUCCAAGGGUAGCGGCAGGAUACGUGCUGUUGUGGUAUCGCCUACACGAGAACUGGCAAUGCAAACCAAUGAGCAACUAGCCACACUAGGCGAGCUUGUCGGCUUGAAGACCGUCUGCGUUUAUGGUGGUGCCUCCAAGGAUACCCAGCGAGUCUUGUUACAGAAGGCAGAUGUUAUAGUUGCGACACCCGGCCGCUUGAAGGACUUUAUAGACGAAGGCGCCGUCAACUUGGAUGCGGCUACGUUUGUUGUACUAGACGAGGCUGAUCGAAUGUUGGACAAGGGCUUUGAGGACGAUAUCAAGAAAAUCAUCGGAUGUACGCCCAGAAAGGAGGAUCGUCAGACACUCAUGUUCACGGCGACGUGGCCGCAGAGUGUGCAAGCUCUCGCAUCCACCUUCAUGGUGUCCCCUGUCAAGAUUCAAAUAGGAGGUAAUGCGAGCGGUGAUCUGCAAGCGAACAUAAGAAUCGAGCAGCGUGUUGAGGUGGUAGAUCCUCGAGGCAAGGAAAUGCGGUUGUUGCAAAUGCUCAAGGCUCAACCCAAGAACGAGCGCGUCUUGGUUUUUUGCUUAUAUAAGAAGGAGGCCACGCGGGUUGAAGGUUUCUUGCAGCAGCGAGGCAUCAAAGUUGUGAGCAUACACGGCGACCUGAAGCAGGAGCAGAGGACCCGAAGCCUUGAUGCAUUCAAAAAGGGACAGACGCUCGUUCUAGUCGCAACAGAUGUGGCGGCACGAGGUCUGGAUAUCCCUGAAGUGAAGCUUGUCAUUAAUCUUACGUUUCCUCUCACGAUCGAGGACUACGUUCACCGAAUCGGUCGUACGGGGCGAGCAGGUAAAACUGGUCAGGCCAUCACGCUUUUCACCGAACAUGACAAGGCACAUUCUGGAGAGUUGAUUAAUAUCCUCAAAGCAGCUGGGCAGCCAGUGCCGGAUGAACUUCUGAAAUUCGGGACUACUGUCAAGCGAAAGGCGCAUGGUACUUAUGGAGCUUUCUUCAAGGACGUUGACAUGACGAAAAAGGGCACGAAGAUCACGUUUGACUAAGUGAUGUGAUAAUUUACGUUAUUUUCACAAGAGUCUAGCGGUUAGACACCACCUCUGUGGGUCGUUUACCGCCACGGAUAGAAUAAUAGCAGUCCAUGAGAUACUUGCGUUCGUUGUAUGCGCUGUUUCAUAGAUUAGAACCAUACACAGACACAUAGAGGAUUCGAAGGAGUUAUUUAAACUUACAUGACCAUCG